GGUAGAAAGCGAAGAUAGACGUCUGUUCUCUGUGAUAGCACUACAUGAGCUUGGACGUCUGUUCUCUGUGAUUCCAUAGUGACAAUAAUCUUAAUUUACUUACAUUAAGGUUCCAUGACUAUCUCCCCGAAAUACGAUUCGUCUAACGUCGUAUUACAAUGUGGAUAACUUCACAUAAUUAAGGAAAAUGAUAAACUUAAUGGCAUAUGAACUGAUGCGCUUUUCUCUAUAAUGGCUGCUCAGUUGACAAAUCACCUCUUUUAGGCCUCUUAUACGUCAACGACAAAGGUUAUCCAAGGCAUCGCUAGGGUAGAUCGAUGAUACCUCAGUGAAAAUAAGUAGUCUGACAGCUGCGGUAGCUUUUUGUUCUACCGUAAAACGGAAAGUUUUCUCUAAAUUAGCAAUAGUACGAGUUAGAACACGGGGCUGGUCGAACAACUUUCACGCUGCAUCGGGAUAUAGCAGAAUGAGUUUAUCGGGUCGUUCGUUGAUGGUUGUGUUGAUUUGUGCAUUGUUGGAGUCAGUGCAUUGUGCCGAAGGAAGUUGGUUCGAAAUUGACGAAGGAGAUGGGAGUUUGUUAAUUCCUGAUCUGAUCAGCAAAUAUGGAUACGAGGUGGAAAGCCAUUUGGUUACCACGGAAGAUGGUUAUGAACUGACGAUGUUCCGUAUUCUACCGCGGCAGCCUUCUGAGACUAAAAAACUUCCCGUUCUAAUGGUGCAUGGCCUAAUGAGUAGUUCAGUUGAUUUCAUCAUCAUUGGCCCCAACAACAGCCUCGCCUACUUACUCGCCGACAACGGUUACGAUGUGUGGCUGGCAAAUGCACGAGGAACUCGAUAUUCCAGAAAACAUUCCACACUUUCGGUGGAUUCUGAAGAAUAUUGGAACUUUUCGUUUCACGAGAUCGGCUACUACGAUCUACCGGCCAAGAUCGAUUACAUCCUAAACACUACCAACAACAAUAAACUCCAGUACGUUGGAUUUUCUCAAGGUACCACCGUCUUCUUUGUGAUGGGGUCCACACGUCCGGAAUACAACGACAAGAUAGCGCUGAUGAUCGCUCUCUCGCCUGCCGUACUGAUCACGCGGGUUCGCAGCCCGAUUGUAUGGCUGAUUGUAGAGGCAUUGAAGGAGAUCAAAAGACGGAAAAUUCCAUACGGUGACUUCGAAAUUAUUCCUCAUUCAUACCUGUCCUAUUAUAUAGCGCAGGGUCUAUGCGCUGAAGACGAUCCCGAAAACGUUUGUUACAAAUUAAUAUCGCUCCUCACCGGGUUCGAUCCGGAUGGGUACGAUCAAAAAUUGAUAACGGAAUACAUUGGACACACCCCGGCCGGUGCUUCGAUCAACCAAAUCAUCCACUUCGCUCAAGUCUAUAUGAAAAACGGUUUCCAGCAGUACGACUACGGACGGAAAGGAAACAUUCAACGGUACGGUACGAAGAAACCUCCCGUCUACAAUCUGAAACUGGUGACGGCAUCGAUCCUGGUGUACUACGGCCUUAAUGACUGGCUGGUGCAUCCGCAGGACGUUCUAGAUCUGGUGAAGGUGCUUCCACGGGUGAUCGCUGCCAAACAGGUGGCAGAUGAACGGUUCAACCAUAUCGAUUUCGUUGUGGCGAAGAACGUCCGAUCGCUGUUGUACGAUCAGGUGAUCGAGGCGAUGGAGGAAUACAGUCAAAACUGAGUCGUUGAAGGUCGCACUUUUUUUCCGUGACUCGGAAGUGAGGUGGCCCCGCGGGUUGCAUGUAUGUAUGGACACAGAGAACAGACGUCCAAGCUCAUGUAGUGCUAUUGUGUAAAGCAUUGCAACGGUUGUUUUGAAAUGACUGGGAAUGUGGCCAUUACGCGGCGCUGUCAAAUUUCGAAUCAGGGUACAAAUUUGCCGUUGUUUUACCUUUUGGCGCUAGUGUCGCCAAGUGUGCACCCUAGUAUAGUUCCACCAAGAGAAUGUGUUGAUUUUACUUGGAAAACAAUAAUUGAAUUCUUGUUCAACUUGUUUCUUAUUGAAAAUAGUGAAACUAAUUAUCAAUGGGUUGCUCAAAUUUUGUUGCUGGAUUAUUGAAAUAAUCAUAAACAUCUUGUUAUGUAAGCUCAGAAUCUGAGUAGCAAAAUUUAAAGGUGCGCUAGUGAAAUAUUUCUUCAGAAAGCGCCAUCAUGGUGUCGAAACAAGUUUUUGAGUGGGAAAGUCACCGUCGAUGUCGCUACUGAGCUUGUUUUUUCUUUACACAAGAUUUUCAAACAAUUUUGUUCGAGCAUGUUCGUCUGUUCUCUGUGCCCAGAUUCUGGGCUGUAUUUGUUUAAAUAACAAGAUGUUUAUUAUUGUUUCAUUAAUCCAGCAACAAUAUUUGAGCAACCCAUUGAUAAUUAGUUUCAUUAUUUUCAAUAAGAAAGAAGUUGAACAAGAAUUCAUUUUUUGUUUUCCAAGUAAAACCACCACAUUCUCUUAGUGGAACUAUACUAGGGUGCACAUUUGGUGACACUAGCGCCAAAAGGUAAAGCAACGGCAAAUUUGUACCCCGAUUCGAAAUGUGACAGCGCCGCGUAAUGGCCACAUUCCCAGUUAUUUCAAAACAACCGUUGCAAUGCUUUACACAAUAGCACUACAUGAGCUUGGACGUCUGUUCUCUGUGA